AUGCCCGAGACCUCGGAUAAAUCUGAGCUUAAGGGCGAGAAAGACAACUUAAAAAGGAAAAGUAGUGGCUCUAGAAGCGAACACAUUGAAGCAAAUGUUAGAAUCAUCGAAAGAGGUGAUGGCGCCGAUGGCGCCAAAACUGACUCACAUGGUUUACAAGAGCUGGCCGCUACGCUGAGACAGGGUUUCACCCAGAUGUCUCAAGAUUUAUCCAAGACUAUUGCUGAGUCGUUCAAACAGUUUCAGUCAGACUUUGAAAUACAAUAUGUUGACACGGAGGAAGAACAGGAGGCAAAAUCUGCCGAGAAUGACCACGAGGUCAGCGAAGAGCCCCCCACGAAGAAGAAGCGACAUGACAAAACUACGAGCUUAGAAGAAGCUGUGACAAAGCUGGCUGACUCAACCGGGGCUCAAAAUAUGCCUUCUAAUGAAGGAAAAUUUGAGGUACUUAACAGCUUGAAACAAGAGCUGAAGAAAGAGGAGACGGGCCCAAGUGUAAACACAGAGCUGGCGAAUGUAGUGAAUGCCAUGCUCAAAGAAGGGCUGCCUGAAGAGAAACUUCAGGAAAAGUUGAACAAGUAUAACAGACCAGAGAACUGUGAAUUCUUGACAAAAGUACGAGUCAAUCAACCAGUAUGGGACCACCUUACUCCAACAGUCCGGUCCCAAGAUGUUAGACUGCAAAAGGUGCAGACAUCCAUCUUCAAAGGAAUGUGCGCGUUGACAAAUAUGAUCGACAAACUCCUUGAGCACUUGUCGUCACUCCCAGCGGGAAACGACCUUCUUCAAAAGUCAACAGAUGCACUUACAUUGUUCGCUAAUGCAAACAGUGAACUCAAUCAAAGACGAAGGGAAUUUAUUAAACCGGAUUUACACGAGGAAUACAAACAUCUUUGCUCCUCGUCGGUUCCGAUCACUGACCAAUUGUUUGGCAAUGAUCUCCCGAAACAAGUGAAAGAAUUGACCGAGGUCAAUCGAGUGGGAAAGAAAGUCUCCACACACAGUGGUGGAUCAACGAACAAGCCUGAUUAUCACAGGCACAACUCUUAG